AUGGCGGUGCGUGAACGCGCGGCGGCAGCAAUGGCCGCUCUGGAGCGGCGGGUGCCGAGUCUCGAUGACUUCGCGGGACAGAGCUGGAGCUCGUGGGUGGAGCGGGCCGAGCUGCCCGCGGCCGACGGGGCUGAGUUGGAGGAGAGUAACAAAAACCUGAAGAAGUUGGAUGCCAUGACCCUCAUUAAAGAAGACAUGUCCAUCUUCGGGCACUGCCCUGCCCAUGACGACUUCUAUUUGGUUGUAUGUAACCAUUGCAGCCAAGUGGUGAAGCCUCAAGCUUUCCAGAAGCACUGCGAAAGAAGACAUGGGCCGCUCAGCAAGCUUUACGCCCGGGCCCCACCUCCACCUCCAGCCCCUGCCAGCUCUCAGAAAUGCCAUGUAGUGAACGGUCAGGGCCCAGCUUGUAGGGCCCCAGGUUCCACCAAAACCUCCUCCAGGGAGAAGGGCCAGGGGUCCCGGAGCCGUGGCCACCAGCCUCCUGAGAAGACCCAGAAGGACAACCUCUGCCUUUUCGUGCCUGUGGUGAAUCUGGAAAAGAUGUCCAGUCUCCCGAAGCCCGAUGGACACGGAAUCAGGGUGGCUCCACCCUCUGCUUUCCUCAGCCAGCCGGCUGGCCUCAGCAAGGACUCCCCUGGAAGAAACCCCAUGGCAUCCCCUUCUAAAGAACUUCCUGGCAGAGGGAGCAUCGAGAUAACCCCCAGCGAGGGCCCUAGUCACCGGGCUGAAGGCAGCCCGUCUGAAAAGGAGCCUGGUGGGGCCAGGCUGCCCCCUAAAACCCACCGGAAGAUGGCUCGGAAGGAGUGCGACCUCAACAGGCAGUGUGGGGUAAUAAAUCCAGAGACCAAAAAGAUCUGUACCCGCCUGCUGACCUGCAAGAUCCACUCCGUGCACCAGCGCAGGGAAGUCCAGGGCCGAGCCAAGGACUUUGACGUGCUGGUGGCAGAGCUGAAGGCCAACUCCCGCAAAGGGGAGUCUCCCAAGGAGAAGAGCCCAGGGCGCAAGGAGGCAGCUCUUGAGCGCCCCUCCCAGGAGCCCCCCUCCUCAGUCCAGGUUGUGGCAGCAGUGGCUGCUCCCAGCAGCACCUUCUCUGCUCGUGCCAAGCAGACCUACCCAUACUGUGCACUGCCCAGGUCCCGGGCCUCCUCUGAGAGUGAGUUGGAUGAUGAAGGCCCCUGUGGUGGUGAUGGGGACCCAGGCCUGUUCCCCUUCCCCCUGCCCCGGGGUGGUGCCCAGGCCUCCAGCGAGGAGAGUGAGGAGGAGGGGACAUCUGAUGACCUCCACCUCCCCACUGACUGCCAUUAUGCAACCCGGCCCCCUCGGCCGCAGGCGUUCUGCACCUUUGGGAGCCGGCUGGUGAGUCCAGGAUGCUACGUGUUUAGCCGCCGGCUGGACCGGUUCUGCUCGGCACUCAGCUCUAUGCUGGAACGGCACCUCAGCUCACACAUGUGGAAGAAGAUCCCCCCGGCGGCUGAGCCUCCAUCCCACCUUGUCAGCUCCCCGCCAUCUGCUCCCCUGAGCCCAUCCUCUAUGGGCAGCUGCCCCCGCCUUCCAGGCCCACCCCCCAGACCCGCCUGCCCAGCCCUCCACGCCCCCACCAAGGACAGCCUUGGCCCCGGCUACCCUGCAGGCUCCCCCAGCGUGGCAGCCGCCUGCAGCCAGGCGGAGUGCAUGGGCGGGAGCCAGGCCAUCACCUCACCACUGCCUGCCAACACACCUUCCCCAUCCUUCAGCAAGCUCCCACCUUCCAAGGCCAGCAAGUCAUCCAAAGGCAAGGACGGGCUUGAGGUGGAGGCUCCUUCUCGAAAGCGAAAGUUAUCCCCUGGGCCCACCACUUUCAAACGGACCUGCGUCCUGGAGCCACUGGAAAGGCAAACCUCUGGCUGCCGGGGCCUCUCGGCCAAGACUAAAACAGCCCUGGGCAUGGGGCUUAAUGGGACGGUGGAGCCAAGAGUGAAGCGGGCAGGGCCCCUGGACUGUCGGGGUUCCCCUCAUCCCCCCCCGCCAGUCAAGGCGUCUCAGCUGGACAACCAGGGAGCGGCUGGACACCCGGCCAAGGCCCUGCCGACCAACUGCCUCUCUGAGGAGGAGGUAGCCAAGAAGCGGAAAAACCUGGCCACUUACUGCCGGCCAGUGAAGGCCAAGCACUGCCAGGCUGGUGCCCCUGCCGACGCGGCCUGCUCUGUGCGCCGCAAGAAGCCGGGUCCAGCCCUGGCCUUUGAGGAGAAGUGUUCUACACUGAAGUCAAAAGCCCAUUAACAAGAAAGUGCCUGCCCACUGCGAUGGAGCCGCCAGCACCUCCUCCCCUCCAGAUCCGGGCCCCAGGCUGCUGCCGCUUUUUAUAACUUUAUAUUAUUUUUUUUAAGAAAAAAAUACUCUUUAAAAUACCUCAA